AUGGUGGAAAGUGUUUGGGGACCGCCAGGGAUUCCGAUCAUUGGAAAUGGAUUUGAGCUUGGCAGAUUGCCAACAUGGAAACUCCCGCAAUGGCUUCGGAAACACGCUGAUGUGGCAUUAAGUGAAGGGCACAAUUAUAUGAAAUUACAAUUGGUGAACAAGUAUUUUCUCGUUCCGUUGAAUGCUGAAGCUGUUAAGCCAAUUUUGGACUCAAAUACUGAAAUCACGAAAGGAGUCGAUUAUAAAUUUAUUGAGCCGUGGAUUGGGACUGGAUUGUUGACAAGUACGGGAACAAAAUGGAAAACGAGAAGACGUCUGUUGACACCAACAUUUCAUUUUAAAAUGCUUGACGGAUAUGUGGCAAUUUUUGAUCGAGAAAGUCGACGACUUUGCAAAUAUCUCGAAAAAUUCGAUGGCAAGGAAGUCGAUCUCUUCCCGAUCGUCAAAAAUUGUGCGCUUGAUGUGAUUUGUGAAUCAGCAAUGGGAGUCUCGGUAAACGCGUUGGAAACAGAGAAAAAUCCUUAUGUGAAAGCAUUGCUUGAUAUGGGAUGGUUGUUGCUUCAAUGGGCACUUAAUCCGAUAAAUUGGUUUCUACCCUUCUAUAUUCUUUCUGGAAGAUCAUCUUUAUAUAAAAAAGUCGUCAAAGAGCUGACUGAUUUCACAAAAAAUGUAAUUGCUCAAAGAAAGAAAGAAUUCGAGAGUGGAAAUCGAAAGAAAUUGGGGAAUAAGAUUACAUUCUUGGAUCUACUUCUAGAAGCGAAUCAAGAGAACAAAUUGAGUGAUGAGGAUAUUCGAGAAGAAGUCGAUACGUUCAUGUUUGAAGGUCAUGACACAACAUCUUCUGGGAUCGCUUGGAUCCUCUGGUCACUCGCGUGUCAUUCAGAGAUCCAGGAAAAAGUCUAUGAAGAAAUUAAAACAGCUCUAGAUGGAUUUGAUUCUUCAACGGAAAUCACUGUUGAAUCGAUUAAAGAAACCCCAUAUUUCGAUUCGGUAAUCAAGGAAUCGAAUCGACUCUGGGCUCCCGUUCCACUAAUUCAAAGGGAUCUACAAAAUGAUUUCAAUACAGGUCAAUACAUUCUCCCAGCCGGCGCAACGAUUUUGAUCUCGCCAAUCGUUAUCCAGAGAAACCCAAAAGUUUGGGGUGAAAACUAUCUCGACUUUAAACCGGAACGUUUCGAUUCAUCAAAGGAAAAAGAUUACAAUCCAUUCGAUUACAUUCCAUUCUCGGCUGGGCCAAGGAAUUGCAUUGGUCAACGCUUCGCUUUACUUGAAGAAAAAGUGAUGGUGAUGCACAUUGUGAAGAAUUAUCGAAUGAAAGCCACAAUGGGAUUUCACGAAAACGAGGGACAAACAGAAAUUGUCACCAAGCCACAUAAAGGAAUUCGUGUGCUACUUGAAAAACGC